UAGUAAAUCGUGAGUCAUUCCCUAAACAAGAAGAGUGACAAUUCGGUCGUUCGGAGGAAAUUAUGAUGUGCACGAAUCUGUGUCCAACACCACUAUCAUGGUCCUCCUCAUCCCUCACUCUAAACAACUCAAAAUCUCACUUACUUUCUCAAAACCCUCAAAUCCCUUCAAAAUCCAUCAUUAGCAGUAACAACAACAACAACAUUAAUACUAGUAUUAUAACUAAUAAAUACACCCAUUUUGUUGUUAAUACUAACUUUAAUCGAUUUCAGACAAGCAUGGCAGAUUCAUGGGACAAAAACGAAUCAACAAUCUCCAUUAAUGAAUUCAACCCUUUUGAGCUUAAUGAUAUGUCAGAUUUCUCCUUGGUUGCUUCUCCUCGUGGAUCAAUUUCCAUUUGCGGAUUUGGGUCUCUUCUUUCUGAGCGGAGUGCGAGGAGUACAUUUCCAGAAUUGUGCAACUUUAGGGUGGCACGAUUGAGAGGUUUUAGGAGGGUUUUUGCUCAUGUGGCUCCUAUCUUCUUCGAACGCGGCAUUGCCAAGCCUGAGACCAAGGAAAUCUCAAGUUUAAGUGUAGAACCUUAUGAGGGAGAGGAACUUAUAGUCACUCUGUUCGAAAUUCAAAAAUCAGAGGUGCCUUCCUUUAUGGAGAGGGAGCUUGAGUUCCGAUUUCUAGCUGUUCUGCCAGAAACCUUAGAAGGGAAGGCAUUUAAGAAUGCAGCGGUUCUUUGUACCCGCUACAGUGAUGAGGAAUUUUUCAAUGUAAGAUGUCAAGGUAGUAAAGAAGUAUUCCAUCAACAUUAUGGAAGAUAUAACAUUGAUAAGAUUUGGAGGGAUGACGUAUUCCCUUGUCGAACUUAUCUGCGACAUUGUGUUUUAGCUGCAAAGAAUCUUGGAGAUGCAGCCCACAACAACUUCUUAGAUCAUACAUACCUCGCUGAUCGUCAUACAACUAUUCGUCAGUAUCUGGCAACAACAGGUGCAGGUAUAAUGGAAGAGGAGCCUCCGGAGUCCUUAAAGAUGCGUUAUGGUGGUUAAGUUGAUCACGACUAUGCAGCCUGAUUGCACUCUUUUUCAGGACCAUCUUGAGUUCCGUAACUCAAUGCUGAACAGCAAUAAUAUUUAUGAAAAGUUGAUGUAUAUAGGCUGAACAAUAUGUCAUCAAACCAAAUUAGAUUGAACUACAUGUACAAAAAAAUAUUAAGCAUGGAUAAUGCUUAUAAAAUCAAAUUGAAGGAUGCCAAAGUAGGGAGUCCGACAUCUUAAGCACCUAGAGCAUAAAAAGGGAGCUUGGGUAAGUGAAAUUCACACUUCAGCAUCACUAUGAACUUCUUCUAUUAAUAUUUCAUAGUAUUCUGGUGUUUUAGAGUGCGAGAUUCCAACUAUAACACCUAUAGUAUCUUUUAUGAGAGUUGAGUUUUUUCUGCA